GGUACUUUACAUGUAAAAUGGCCGACUUCUGUGCAGGCGGGCGACGUGUGGGUUAAUAAGUGCCCGACUAAAUUUUGAAAUAGCUGUCGAAAAUACGAAAAAUUACGUUAAUGUGUUUCAUAUGAGAAAGAAGAACGGUCAAACGAUCAGAAAAUGCAGAAUGGUGGACAGAAGAAAGCGACAGGCUCGCGUAAAGAGAGUAAAACUGUGAGUAAGAUUAACGUGCCGAACACACACGCAAAUGCAAAUUCUGCAAUAGAAAAGGCUCAACUCCUCGCCUCACUUCAACAAGAUUUAAUGGCCGAAUUAUCAGGAAGCGAGGAGGGUGAAGUAUCAGAGGUUGAAUCUUUCAUCUUGGAUCAGGAGGAGCUGGAGAGUGGACCUACCAUUGAGAUUGCCAACAAACUCCUGAGACUGGACAGAGAGGGACAUCCAGACCUAAGGGCUGUGGAUCCCGAUACCUUAGAAGCUUUCCUAGAUGCAGCAGGUAUCGAUAAGCUCGGAGGGCCAUUUGAUGGGAAGAUUGAGGCGUAUGACCCAGAGAUCCUUGGGAGAUUAACGUCUUCUGUCAGCUCUGCCCUGGACCAAGCGGAGGCCGCCCUCUAUGGCAUCAACAAGGAGAACACCGUCCUUCCAGGCCAACAUACUGAAGGGUUACAAGUUGCUGGUGUUGCCGGAGCGGUUGCUUCCUCUGCUGAUCCUGUUGCUGCAAGAAGAGGAGAGGAUGAUAAGAUGAUACAAGAGACUAAUGAAGAAGGAGAGAGUCUGCUGUCUCUGGCAUGCUCGGGAGGCUACUUUGAACUUGCUCAUGUGCUGCUUAAGAUGAAUGCAAACGUUGAGGAUCGUGGUAGUAAAGGAGACUGUACCCCGUUGAUGGAAGCGGCUAGUGCUGGCCAUGUGGAUAUCGUCAAGCUUCUCCUAGAGUACGGUGCUGACGCCAAUGCCCAAUCCAGUGCAGGUAAUACCCCAUUGAUGUAUGCCUGUAACGGUGGACACGAGGAGAUCGUCAAGAUCCUUCUAGAUCAAGGUGCAAACAUUGAAGAUCAUAAUGAGAACGGCCACACCCCCCUGAUGGAAGCAGCCAGCAGCGGCCAUGUCAACAUCGCCAAGAUCCUCCUAGAGAAAGGCGCUGGUAUCAACACGCAUUCCAAUGAAUUCAAAGAGAGCGCGCUUACCCUGGCAUGUUAUAAAGGUCAUCUUGAGAUGGUGAAGUUCCUGUUGGAGGCCGGUGCUGACCAUGAGCACAAGACCGAUGAGAUGCAUACUGCCCUCAUGGAAGCCUCUAUGGAUGGACACGUAGAGGUAGCAAGACUUCUGCUUGAUCACGGUGCCCAGGUGAACAUGCCGGCUGAUAGCUUUGAGUCGCCUUUGACAUUGGCAGCUUGCGGAGGUCAUGUCAAGCUUGCGUCCCUGCUGAUAGAGAGGGGAGCCAACAUCGAGGAGGUGAACGAUGAGGGAUAUACCCCUCUUAUGGAGGCUGCUAGGGAAGGACAUGAGGAGAUGGUGGCACUUCUUCUUGCUCAAGGUGCAAACAUCAAUGCCCAGACUGAGGAGACCCAGGAGACGGCUCUGACGCUAGCCUGCUGCGGAGGCUUCCUAGAGGUUGCUAAGUUUCUCAUCGAGGUUGGGGCAGACAUUGAGCUUGGGUGCUCUACCCCUCUCAUGGAGGCUGCACAGGAGGGACAUGUCGAUCUCGUCAAGUUCCUUCUAAGCAAAGGUGCUAUUGUCCACGCUCAAACAGCGACGGGAGAUACUGCCCUUACCUAUGCCUGUGAGAAUGGGCAUACUGAUGUGGCUGAUGUACUCUUAGCGCAUGGAGCAAACUUAGAACAUCAAACUCUUGCCCUGCAGGAGCACGAAUCCGAAGGGGGGCGUACACCACUCAUGAAGGCAGCUAGGGCAGGACAUCUUUGCACUGUGCAGUACCUCAUCAGCAAGGGUGCGGAUGUGAAUAGGGCAACAACCAACAAUGACCAUACUGUGCUUUCUCUUGCUUGCGCUGGAGGUCAUCUGAAGGUCGUUGAACUUCUUCUGGCCCACAAUGCUGACCCCUCCCACAAACUCAAGGACAACUCUACAUGCCUGAUUGAGUCUGCGAAGGGUGGUCAUUCCGAUGUGAUGGUGCUUGUUCUAGAGUACCCUACCAAUAUGAUCGCCCACCCUGAGGGUAUGGCUACACCACCAACACCAGAUCAAGGAGAGGUAUCUCGAGUCCCAACCCAAGCACUUCCUAUUGUCGUCCCGCCUCAGGAACCAGAUAAACACCCGGAGGAAGCCCACCUUGUUGAAUUCAGUGGGUCAUCCCUCCUAGGCCGUGGGCAGCAGACCACUGUUGUAUCAUCUUCUACCCCAGAUGAAUCUUUGUACCAAAGAAUGGCGAGCUCUACGGUCGCCACCACCACCACCCUUACCAAUACCAUCACCACUCCUGCAGGAGCUCCCAGCUCCCUAGAAACCAUGGAUGCCACAGGGAUCUUCAACAAGACCAUCCCUACCAACUUCUCUCCUACCAACAUCGUGGCUUCCACGUCGCUACCCGACACUACCAUCUCCAAGCUGGAUGUGGCGGCAAUGGCGCCGAUGGGAGUCGGCAAUGCCAAAGGCCACCAUCGAACUGCAGAGGAGCAGAUUCUGGAGAAGCAGCAGAUCUAUGCUGAACUCCAGAAGGUGGAAAGGGAGCUGCAGCAGCGGAUUGAAGUGCCGGUGAUUCCAAAGGGUUUCCAAGGACAGGGUGUGGAUGAAACAGAGCCCUCCAAGCUUAAUCUACCAGUGUCCCUUCCAGCUGGUGCUACUGUACCGAGUAGCAUCCCCUCAGCGGUAGCGUCCCAAGCAGGGAUCAGUUCUGCUCCUGUAGUAAAUAGUGCUGCUGGUGUUGACCCUCCAGAUAGCUCCCUGUUGGCUGGUGUUCCAGAGAGCAAUAGCAAUCAGUCAGGCAACCAGAAGCAGUCUGCGGUUCAGGUUCCACCUCACUUACAGCCACUCCCUCCGUCUGUGUCCGAUGGUGAGGAAAGCGGGGAUAACGAAGACGACUUGGCCCUCGAUACCAGGGAUAUCCGAAUCGUAUCCUCCGUCCCUUCCCAGCAUGAAGACAAAGGUAGUGGAGAAAGUGCUGCUGAUGUUCUUGGGGCGGGUGUCCGACACGAGCCUCUGGGAUGUGAAUCCCAGUCACCACCAUCUUCAUCAGUGGCACCUCCUACAUAUGAAUCGUACAACCAAAGCAGUAACUGCAAUUGCGACCCCACAACUACCUUGCCAGCAACGGCAGCAUCACCGUAUAACCCAGCUCUUAGUUCACAGCUCGUGGGACACACCCCUCUCCUUCCUGCUCCAGCCUCCGUACCGUCACCUCUACCGGAUGUGGAGACCCUCCUCAAGGAAUCAUCUGGUACCCAGGUGGACUCCACUAGUCUGGCGGCGGCAGGUAUUGGUCAAGCUGUGCUGAGCAGUGGUGCAGUGCAGAUCACAGCAGGUACAAGUGCUAAUAACAUUGCAGGGAUGUCUGGAGCCAUGGUAACUGGAGCCAUGGUCAUGCCACAUGGUUACCGGGAAGUUCAUAGAGAUGCUGAAAAGAGACCUGUUGAGUCUAAGAAGCCAGCUCGCCAAACCCAAUCGGUAGGCACACAGUGCGACCGUUCAUCCAUACCCCACCACCACCAGGUCGUACCAGCUCCUAUCAUGCUGACCACCGGUGGAGCAGGGGUAGGAGCUUUGGGGGCAGGGGUAACCACCACCACCGCUGCCCUUGUCCCGUCUCCUGCCUCACCGGGCAGCUACGACCAAGCCCACUUUGCACCGCACCCACCCGUCGAGAUCGAUGCCCAGACAGAGAGCAAUCACGACACGGCUCUGACUAUUGCUUGCGCAGGGGGGCAUGACGACUUGGUUCAGAUGCUUCUGGAAAAGAGUGCCCAGAUCGAGCAUCGAGAUAAGAAAGGGUUUACACCACUCAUCUUAGCAGCCACCGCGGGUCAUUACAAGACUGUGCAGAUCCUCCUCAAUCACAAUGCAGACAUCGAAGCUCAAUCUGAGAGAACCAAAGAUACUCCCUUAUCCCUCGCCUGCUCAGGUGGACGAUACGAGGUUGUAGAGCUAUUACUGUCACACAGUGCUAAUAAGGAACAUCGUAAUGUAUCAGACUACACCCCGCUCAGUCUGGCUGCUUCGGGUGGCUAUGUUAACAUCAUCAAACUUCUACUCAGAUAUGGAGCAGAAAUCAACUCCAGAACGGGCAGUAAGCUUGGCAUUUCACCCCUCAUGCUGGCGGCCAUGAACGGUCACACUGCAGCGGUCAAACUCUUAUUGGACAUGGGUAGUGACAUCAAUGCCCAGAUUGAGACCAACCGAAACACUGCCCUCACGUUGGCUUGCUUCCAAGGUCGGACUGAGGUCGUCAGCCUGCUCGUUGAUCGCAAGGCCAACGUGGAGCAUAGGGCUAAGACGGGACUGACCCCUCUAAUGGAGGCAGCCUCUGGUGGCUAUGCAGACGUUGGGAGGGUUCUCAUCUCAAAGGGAGCUGACGUCAAUGCACCACCAGUACCAUCCUCCAGGGACACUGCUCUGACCAUUGCUGCGGACAAGGGCCACUAUCGCUUUGUGGAACUACUCCUACAGCACAAGGCAGCAGUGGAUGUGAAGAAUAAGAAAGGGCAAUCGUCACUCUGGCUUGCAUGCAAUGGUGGUCACUUUGACGUAGUGCAGCUGUUGGUGCAUGCUGGUGCUGAUAUCGAUAGCCAAGAUAAUCGGAAAGUCUCUUGUCUCAUGGCAGCAUUCAGAAAGGGUCAUGUGAAGGUUGUACGAUGGAUGGUGAAGCAUGUCAAUCAGUUCCCAUCGGACACAGACAGUAUGAGAUACAUCGCUACCAUCUCAGAUAGGGAGGUUCUGAAGAAGUGCCAGCAGUGUAUGGAGAUCAUUGUAGUUGCUAAGGAACGUCAAGCAGCUGAAGCUAAUAAACAUGCUAACAUCCUCCUAGAGCAGCUAGAAUCAGAGAAGACAAGAGAGGAGAGUCGUAAAAUGGCAGCUGCAAAACGGCGCGAGAAGAAGAAAAAGAAGCGGAAGGAGAAGCAGCAGAAAGGAGGACCGAACAACAGCUCACCGGAACCUGAACAAGACGAUGACGAAGAAGAUAAUAGCCUCGGGAGAGAAACCAUUGAAGACCUUGUACCACUGGAGCCACCAUCAGCCACCACCACAACCACCAUCGGUAAGGUCCGUACCAAGGACACCACCACUACCACCACAGCUCGCAACAACGGUCAGUCCAUCACCACCACAACCACCACCACCACAGUCAACAAGAAGAACAAGAACAACCUAAGCAGUAUCAUCACGGCAACGUCACAGGGAGGAGGUGGCAGCAACGCUGUGGUUACCGCCACAACCACAGCCAGUACCACGCAUACCACCACGGUUGCAACGUCUACCACAUCCUCGCAUAGAUCAUCCGCAUCAUCAAAUGUCAUCAACCAAGCCAGCAACAAAGCAGCUCUUCUAACCAACAUCAAGGCAAAAACAUCAAGUGCAAAGGAACACGCCAACAACAAGGCCAACCAGAGCAGGACCAUCUCUGCUUCAAGCAAGGAAGAGAGACAGAACAACAAGAACAGAGUGAAUAUGAAUGGAGAUGCUAAGGAUGGAGGGAAGGAAGGAGCUAAGGAAGGAGGGAGACAUGAUGAGAAGAUACGAGAAGAGAAGAAGAAGAAACGAAUGAAUAUGAAAGAGAAGGGGCAGAAUCACACCAUUAAACAUGAGGACCAGAACUCCACCGGUCUAGACGGAGGAGGUAAGAAGUCGAUGGGUCCUGGUGGAGAUGCUGUUAGUCCUAGCAUGAAGGGAUCCUCUAUCACUGCAGCUAGCCCUAAGAGAGGACAGAAGAGAGAAGAAGGAUGGAAGGAAGUAGUCAGAAGGUCCAAGAAAGUAACUGUACCAGCCAAUGCCAUCAGUAGACUAAUAGGAAGAGGAGGAUGUAAUAUCAAUGCUAUUAGAGAUGCAACGGGAGCUCAUAUUGAUGUUGAUAGACAGAAUAAAGGAAAUGAACGCACUAUUAAUAUCAAGGGUUCAGCGGAUGCGACACGUCAAGCCCACCAUCUAAUCAGUGCCCUCAUCAAGGAUCCAGAUGAAGAUCUUAGCAAGCUGGUAGCUAAGAUAAAGAAGUCUGUUGCACCUGCUGCUAUACCAAUCACCAUGUUUACAUUGGCCUCAUCGUCAUCCACAUCAACCACGACAUCAUCGUCGUCAUCACAGGCUGGGAGUAAGAGCAGUACACAGACUGGAACCACAGCGGCCAAACAGGCUACCAAGAUGAACCCAUCUAGUACUGCCAGUCACCAGCCUCCGUCAUCUAAGCAGAACUCACUACAACCCGGUCAUCAGCAGCUUACACAGAGCCACAGUGCCCCAGCUAACACCCAAUACCCAACCCAAAUGACAGGAGGCAUUCGUCUACCCAAGGGAGUUCAGCAGCACCAGAUGGCAGCGCUGGCCCACCAGUGGGGUCGUCAACCUAUUGUCAGACCGCCUGUUCCUACAACCAUUACUGCUCCAAGCAGGGUGCCUGAUCCCAGCCAGCAUCAACAACCACCGCAGCCUCCUCAGCAACAAGGUAGAGGACCGAUCUCGGUCAAUGUAGCCCCUCCUGCAGGAAGUGCACCCCAGCAGGCAUCUGCCAAGAGUCCUAGGAGCGGUGUGGCACGGCAGUUGUUCACCCAACCAGCCGGUAAAGCAGUUACGACCACCGUCUCGUCCAACCGACCCAUCCAGAAUGUGGCCGUGAGUGGAUCUGGCGGGGUGAUGGCCAGCAGUGCUCCGACGCCCGUCGGGACCAUACCAGUAUCGGUCUCGGCUCAGUCCAAUGUCAACGCUGGUACGUUUGCAUCCAAGAUAUCUGACAGCCGCUCCGGUCUCCUCCACAUGCCACAGAUGAUGAUGCCAUCACAGAAUCAGGGUAUGGGAGAGCAGGUUGGAUCAGGGAUGCUUCAACAGCAACCUGACGGUAACCGUAGCGCUCCAGUGUCCACAGCUACGGGAGGGUUCAACUUCCUAUCCCACAUGAACCAGGGUAUGAGCCAGAAUCCUGCAAAUGCUUUCGGCUGGAGUUCCUUAGCUCCUGGAGGUACCUUGAAAGAGGAAGGGAGUGGAGAAGAGAGCAGUUUCCCCAACUCUGAGGAGGCCAAAGCUCCAGGGUACAAACGGCUGUCGACUGGAUCCAUGCCUGUAGGAGACGCUGGGUUGCUUAGCACUGUCAACAACCUCCAAGGGAAUCCAACCAACUACAACCCAAUCCAUUACAUGCAUACCCAACACCAAGCUCCACCCCAUCCCCAUGUUCCAUCCAAUCCCCACCCUCACUCUCAACCACACCUAAACACCCACCCUAACCAGCAUCCCCACGUCCAUCCAAUAGAGCGACCCGACGUCGUCUCUGCAUCCAUGGCCCAUGCCAACCUGUCCCACUUCUCACCCAUCACCAACCCCCCUGCACCUUCCCCGACCCCACCUACCGCCAACGCCUCUCCAGGGACGUCUCCUAGGUCCGGUACCACCAGCCCCAGUACCUCUGUAGCCUCUCAGGAUAGGAAACUACCACGCCCUAUUGGGAACGAGCGUAGAGGGCAGCAGACUCAUCGCCGUACACCUGUUGGGUUCGCUGAUCUUCCUUUCACGUCUGCAGGAAGCAUCUGGGCCCAUCAAGCUGGUGAUGUGAACUGGCCUAAUGCUUCAAUCACUGUUGAUGAUAUGGUAGUGAACACACCAGCUGCACCUAUACAGAGACCUAUCAGUCGACCAGAGAGUUACCACGGCCAACCUAUGGGCGUACCUGUGGGGAUGUCUUACAACAGAGAGAUAUCUGACCAACAACCCCACCCUGGUGGAUUGCCCCCUACCAACCACCAGCCCCACCCAGGUAGUCUACCCCCUGCACAGCCCUAUGCCCUAUACCGCCAUGGGUAUGGGUAA